UGCUCGCAACCCUGCGCAGCUGUAACCGCCAGCAGCACCGGGCGCAUCAGCCGCCUCCGCUCCUCCCGCUCCUCUCGCCUCUCGCACAGGCGCUGAGCGUUUUAGCGCAAGGAAAGUUUUGCGUUUAACGCGCCGUCGCUUUUUCGCCACACAGCGGAGGCAUAUCGUCUGUGGCGCAGCGCGACAGUGCGGUGUCCGAUUACAGAUCGUGCGCCGAGGAGCCACCGGCACCAGAGCGCUCCUCCGUCGGAGCAGAAAUAGCACACGGGGCUCCUCAGGAGGUACAGAGACGGCACCAUCUCCGUUUAACCGAGUUUUACCGAGGUCCAUUUCUGACCAGAGGCACAGCUGAAGUGAGGAUAUUUUCUCUUUAGAUCAUCUUUGCUUUCUGUCUUUUUCCUCUGCGCUGUUCUCACCGGGACAAGACACGCAGCUUCGCUCCCUACUAGAUGACCGGGAGUUGGACACCUCACUUGGUGUGUCUCCCCAAUGCGCUUGGCCCUUGAGGCCUGAGGAGAAGUGAGCCAAGCCCAGGCCCCCAUGGGACGCCCUGUUAUCCAGCAUGCACUGCUGCUGCUGCAGUGCAUGCUGGUCCUACGGCCUGGAGGUGUGGCCGGCAGGAGAGGGCCAGUGCUGCUGCCUGAAUCACCCUGUUACAGGACGGAGCACCCACUCGUCCCACACUCAGAAAUGGAGCCCUGGAUCUUCAGGUUCAAAGCAGAGGGCACGGUGGAUUAUUCACAGCUGACCUUUGACCCUGGCCAGAACGAACUUAUCGUCGGCGCCAGAAAUCACCUCUUCAGACUCAAUCUUGAAGACCUGACACUGAUCCAGGAGGCUGAGUGGCACUGCGAUGAAUUCACCAAGGGAGCCUGCUUCAGCCGUGGAAAGUCUGAGGAGGAGUGCCAGAACUACAUCAGGGUGCUACUGGUAAAUGGGAACAGGCUGUUUACAUGUGGAACCAAUGCCUUCACCCCCAUCUGCACCAACCGAACGUUGACUAAUCUGACAGAGAUCCACGAUCAGAUUAGCGGAAUGGCUCGGUGUCCCUACAAUCCCCUCCACAACUCCACCGCCCUCAUCACCUCCAGCGGGGAGCUGUACGCCGCCACUGCCAUGGACUUCUCUGGGCGAGACCCCGCCAUUUACCGCAGCCUGGGCGGCUUGCCACCGCUGCGCACUGCCCAGUACAACUCCAAGUGGCUCAACGAGCCGAAUUUUGUCUCAUCCUACGAUAUUGGAAACUUCACAUACUUCUUCUUCCGGGAAAAUGCAGUGGAGCACGACUGUGGUCGGACGGUGUUUUCCCGCGCCGGGCGGGUGUGUAAGAAUGACAUCGGUGGCCGCUUCCUCCUGGAAGACACGUGGACAACCUUCAUGAAGGCCAGGCUGAACUGCUCCAGACCAGGAGAAAUCCCCUUCAACUACAAUGAGCUGCAGGGAACUUUCUACUUGCCUGAGCUGGAGCUGCUCUAUGGCAUUUUUACUACUAAUGUAAACAGCAUUGCUGCCUCUGCAGUGUGUGCCUUCAAUCUCAGUGCCAUAUCACAGGCUUUCAACGGGCCCUUCAAGUAUCAGGAGAACUCAAGGUCGGCCUGGCUGCCCUACCCAAACCCCAACCCAGACUUUCAGUGCGGCACCAUCGACUCCGGCGCUUACGUGAACCUGACUCAAAGAAACUUGCAGGAUGCUCAGAAGUUUUUACUGAUGCAUGAGGUGAUCCAACCUGUGGUUCCUGUGCCCUACUUCAUGGAGGACAACGUCCGCUUCACUCAUGUGGCAGUGGAUGUGGUGCAGGGGAAAGACACGCUGUUCCACAUCAUAUAUUUGGCCACAGAUUACGGUACUAUCAAAAAAGUGCUUUCCCCGCUCAACCAGUCUACAGGGAGCUGCCUUUUAGAAGAGAUCGAGCUGUUCCCUCCCAGGAAGAGGCAGCACAUCCGGAGCCUGCUGAUCCUGCACAGCCGCAGCGAGCUAUACGUGGGUGUGAGAGACCAGGUCAUCAAGAUCCCGCUCAAGAGAUGCAGCUACCACAAGAGCAGAGAAGCCUGUGUAGGAGCGAGGGACCCGUACUGCGGUUGGGAUCUGCUGCUAAAGAAAUGCACCACUCUGGAGGAAAGCAUCAGAAUGAGCCAGUGGGAGCAAAGCAUCUCAAAAUGCCCUGUUCGUAAUGUUACAGUCGAUGGAGGCUUUGGUGCCUGGUCCGGCUGGUCCACUUGUAGCCACAACGACGGAGGCAGUGCAGGGUCUUGUCUGUGUCGGACGCGAGCCUGCGAUAACCCAGCCCCGCAGUGUGGUGGGCAGCAGUGUCAUGGGAUCAGUGUUGAGGUCGCCAACUGCUCCAGAAAUGGAGCGUGGACCCCCUGGACUUCCUGGUCUCCCUGCAGCACCACCUGUGGUAUUGGCUUUCAGGUGCGUCAGCGCUCCUGCAGCAACCCGACCCCUCGCCACGGCGGACGAGUAUGCGUGGGCCAGAACCGCGAGGAGAGGUACUGCAACGAACACUUGCCCUGCCCGCCACACGUCUACUGGUCCGCCUGGUCGGCGUGGGAACGCUGCACUGUGCCUUGUGGCGGCGGCAUCCAGUCACGCCGGAGAACCUGUGAGAACGGCAACGACUGUCCCGGGUGUGGUCAGGAGUACCAGUCUUGCAACACUCUGCCAUGUCCCGACCUUAAAAAGACCACGCCCUGGACCCCGUGGACACCUGUCAACAUCUCCGACAACGGCGGCCACUACGAGCAGCGUUUCCGCUACACUUGCAAAGCUCGCAUUCCAGACCCGAGCCUGCUAGAAGUGGGCAGACAGAGGAUCGAGAUGCGCUACUGUUCCAGCGACGGAUCCACUGGCUGCUCCACUGAUGGAGAAGUGCUUCGUCUGGGGAGGAUCUCAAGCCACACGGUAAACGGUGCCUGGUCAUCCUGGAGUUCCUGGUCUCAGUGCAGCAGAGACUGCAGCCGGGGAAUCCGAAGCAGAAAGAGGACCUGCAGUAACCCAGAGCCCCGGUAUGGAGGUCAGACCUGCUUGGGGCCGGCACAGGAGUACCAAGAGUGUAACAUUACCCCUUGUCCAGUGGACGGCAGCUGGUCAUGCUGGUCUUCGUGGUCCAAGUGCUCAGUGACGUGUGGAGGGGGUCACUACAUGAGGACACGAACCUGCAGCAACCCCCUGCCAGCCUACGGAGGGGACAUCUGCCUGGGUCUUCACACUGAGGAGGCACUGUGCAACACGCAGCCUUGUCCAGAGAGCUGGUCCAGCUGGUCAGAGUGGUCCCACUGUGACUCCAGCGGCGCCCAGCUGCGUGUGCGUCACUGUGAUGUCCUUUUCCCCACUGGAAACCAGUGCUUAGGAAACAGCAGCGAGACCAGGCCGUGCUCUCCUGACUCCAAUUUUAUACCAGAAGUCUCGAUCGCACGCUCCAGUCAGGAGGAGAGGCGCUGUGGAGACUUCAACCUCUUCCACAUGAUUGCCGUGGGGCUCAGCAGCUCCAUUCUUGGCUGUCUGGUCACCCUGCUGGUCUACUCGUACUGCCAGCGCUACCAGCAGCAGUCGCACGACGCCACCGUCAUCCAUCCCAUUUCAGCCGCGCCGCUCAACACCAGCAUCACCAACCACAUCAACAAACUGGACAAGUACGACACCGUGGAAGCCAUCAAGGCCUUCAACAAAAACAAUCUGAUUCUGGAGGAAAGAAAUAAGUAUUUCAACCCACAGCUUGCCGGGAAGACCUAUACCAAUGCAUACUUCACCGACCUCAACACCUACGAUGACUAUUAACCCUCGACACCUACCUUAUCAUCAAAUCGGACUUUAUUCUUUUCUUUGUGCUUUGUAUUGAGAUUCGUCACACCACGCGUGGGACAAGCCCACUCUGAGACUCUAUGGCAGCUGGUAUGUAAUUAAACACAGACACACAGUGUUGCCAACAGAGGGAAAUCCCCACUUUCUCUCAGGUGCCUUGAGGUACACUUGGAAAGCUCAAUGUUUUGGGGGUAUAUCUUGCCUUGACUCUCACUGAGAAAUAGACAACUGGAUUUCCUGAUGUGGAUUAAACAAAAACAAAAGAAACAAAAUAAACAACAAAAAACUAAGAAGGGAAAAAGAAGAACUCACGUCAACGAGACUUUGGGAACCGUAUCCCUUUUAACUUUCCUGUGACGCCUCUAAAACAGACCUGUAUUUGUAAUGAUUGGAAAUAACCACAAAUUGCUUUGCAUGACUUCAUCUGAUGUGUUUUCUCUGCCUUUCGGUUUGAUUUUGCAUGAUCGAUCGCAUUCCAUGGUGUAGGGGGCAUUUUGAUUUUUGGGUUUUUUUGCUGGGCUUAGAUUCAGGGCUGGUUUUGGAUGUCAUAAAAAAAACAAAGGCUGCGGUGAUGCCUGGUGGCUUUACUGCAGCAGCAGUCUCCAGGCAGAUCAAUAUCUACCCCCAGCCCCAGAAUCAGGAUGUAGUUAUUUGAAGUCUGUGGUCAAGUUUGUCCAUGUUUUUCUUUAGUUUGCUUUUCGUUCCUCUAGCAGCUAGAAGUGUUUAAACUUUCAAUGUAAAAUUUUUUUCUCUUUUUCAUUUUGCUUUUAAAGAUUACAUGUUUUUCUUUGUUUGUUUUGUACAGGAAGUUCAGUUUGAAUCCCCUGUCUGCGGGUUUUCUAAAUACAUUUAUUCGGUGUCUCAAGUGUUAAAAGAACAUUUUCCUUUAAAAAGAAAAAAAAAGGUUUAUGUACGUUCUGGCAAGUAAUUGGGAGUAUUCAUUUCAGCCUGCAUCAAGUUUUGUCCUCGUCAUUGUACUUUUUAUAUAUUUUUUGUAAAAAAAAUGUUUUUGAAUUUUGAUAGUGCUCAUUAUUAUUCUUUGGCUUCUGAGCUAAGUGUUUGUGAGAGCAGGCAUUUGCUGUACAGAUGGUGCAAAGUAGCAACUACUGUUCUCCUGAAAACCCAACUGGAGUGCUACUCAUAUACUGUAAGAUGACAUUCACUCAUUAAGUUGAGAUCUUUCUGUUCAGAGUGUAUAACCAAAUAUUAGGUUAUUCAAUGGUUUAGUUGCGACUAACUCUUUUUACAUGUUUGCUUGUGUUA